AUGACAAACUUCAUCAAACAGCACUUACCUGAAGAAGUGAAAGUGAUUAUAGUGGGCCAAGAUCCAAAUGAUGCUGGUGCUACUGGACUGGCGUUCAGUAAAGAUGUUGGUGCGGGAAUUUAUCAGUCAACAGCAAUUAUUUUAGAAGAAGUUAGAAAUGAUAUAGGUGAAAACAACCUUAGACCAUUUCCAAGAGAUUAUGGAAAUCUGGACUACUGGGCUAAACAAGGAGUUCUUCUUUUAAAUUCAGCUCUAACAAAACCUACAAAUAAAGAUGAAUCACAUGCGAACCUAGGAUGGGACGAAAUCGUAGGAGAAUUAAUUAAACGGUUGCAACAAAUAAAUAAAAAUAUAAUAAUUAUGUUUUGGGGAUUGUUAGCUAGAGAGUUGUCCGAAUAUGUUGAGUUGUAUGACCAGAAUCAACUACUUUUCGCCGGUCUCCCCACUAUGAAUAAUUAA